ACUAGAAAUUAACUGAAAAAUAACUAUACCAAAAAUUUGAAAAAAGAACACUAUUUUGGGAAAAAAUAGACAGUGAAUAUAAUAUUUCUUUUAUUAAUUUUAAUAUAUUUUUAAAAAGUUCCAAUUUGAAUUCCUAACUUUUAUAAGCGGACCCUUGGAUAAUGGAACAAUAAAAAAAUGCAUGGAAUAGAUAAUUAAUUGAAGCAAAUAAGAACGAGCGCUUGACAAGCAUCGAUCCACUAUUAUUGCCGUAUCCUUGGCGCAUUGAUCCAGUAGACAGACAGCUGCUAGAAACUUCAUCAAAUCAAACAAUGAUUUUUGAGGCAACAAUCCAAAGGACAAAUGACUGCCCAUAUUUGUUCUUUCUUCGAAAAGUUCCACGUCAUGCCCCUUCUCUCAUUACAUGUUCAGUAAUUUUCGAGUGAACCCUGAAAUUAGCAGCAUUUUCGGGACCGCUAUAAAAGGGGAAACACCCUUGAAGCUCACUCAAACAACACCAUAAUAAGCAGUACAUAAGAAUCACUAGUCACAAACCUCACAAUUUCAAGGGCUACAUACCCUCCACAAGGGACACAUAAAGAUGGAUCAACCUGAGAACUGCAAGCAGCAGGUACAAGGCCUAGUGAUACUCCAAUCCGACAACAAGUACUUUGUCUUGAAAAAAACUCCGCUGUUUCUUGUCACAGUGUCUCUAUUUUCUUUGUUUCUUUGCUUCUACUCUGGGUUUUCUAUCUUACCUAAUUCAUUUUACGUCUACUUCAACACUUGUCUAUUCUCAUUUCUCACUCGCACCCUCGAAAGAAAGUAUAUGUUUCUGAUUUGUAAUGGAAUCCUUGCUUUUCUUGCCAAGACUUCAGUUUCUUCCAGCUCUUCACCUUCUGGGUCUGAUGAUUUUCAUAACAUAUCACCUGCGAAACCAACAGUUGUUGAUGAUACUGUAUCCAAAGAGGUAGUUGCUUUGGUAGCCAUAGUUGAUGAAGAAGAAACAGAAAAAGUAGCAGAACUAGCACCAGCAACAGAAGAAGAAGAAGAAGAAGAAGAAGAAGAAAAAGGUGAAAAAGAACAAGAAGCAAAGAAGGGAGAGAGUGAAGACAUGGUUGCAGAAGAUGAAGGCAACGGACAAGAAAGAGAAGUUUUAGAGAAACAAGAUGAAGAAGAUGGUCAAGGAGAAGGAGAAGGAAAGGAUGAGUUAACAAAUACGGAAGAAUUGAAUCGGAGAAUUGAAGAAUUUAUAAGGAAAAUGAAGGAAGAAAUUAGGAUUGAGGCUCAACAACAAUUAAUUGCAGUGUAACAUAUGCAUGUAAUUUAAAUGUACGUCAGAUAAUAAAAUAUCUUUUUCCUCUCCA